AUGACUAAAGCUCUGCUCGACGCUGGUGCAAACAUUAAUGCCCAGAUCGACAACUACCGUGGGUCCAGAGGAGAGACCGCAAUCAUGUUCGCAUUCGACAACCCUGAUGUUGUAGACUUACUACUGCAGAGAGGAAGUGCUUUGGUGGUUGAAACCGACACAAAUUGGGUAUGCCCGCUCUCGUACAGGGCUCGUCGUACAAGUAAUGUCGCCCGUUGGGAUCCGAGAAGAGCCUACUGGGAUCGAUCUCUCGACCUGCUCUGCAACGCCGGCAUGGACCUCAGCGUACCGUCCAAACAGAGGGGGUUCGAAGGCAGAACACCUAUUCACGACACGAUUCUGUGGCGGAAUGCAGCCUUGUUGGAGCUCCUGAUCCAGCACGGCGCCAGGCUCGAUGCCGUUGAUAAGAACCGGCCCAAAGAGCUCAUUGACAUCUUGAGCGAUGCUGGCAUCCGCGGGUUGAACCCUGAUCAAGCAAACGCGGCUGGUGAUACUCCAAUGAAGAUCAUGACUGCCAGGCUUUAUGGCAAGGAAGACUCUAGACAGCCGGGCGAGACGGUACCGACAUUCGACGAGUGGUUAGCUUUCAAGAACAUAUUGGAAGAGAUUCGAGAACGAAAUCUCGAGGACUUAUUGUUGGGACCUAGAUACAUGGGCAUUGUUGAUGAUAUCAGCUCCAGCGGAAUUUCGAGCAGCACCAGUGACGAUGUGGAUUAA